GAAGCUAGGGUUUGUGGUUCCUGAUUUAUCUAGGGAGAAGCAGUGAAGUGAGGAUAAGACCAGUGGAAGUUCUGCCUUCGCAUUUCAAUGCUGUUAAGAUUUUUCUGGGGAUAAAAGGUCUGAAUUGGUGCUCCAAUGCCCAUAUCCUCACCCACGGUCAUUCUUGUACUGUGGCCUGUCACUCACAGCUUACUGUGAGUUCCUUAAGCACAGAGGCUGCAGAUUUUGGAUAGCCCAGAAGGCGUGGUGGUUGAAAAGACCUGGUAGAAGUGGGCAGAGGCUGCUGGAAGCCACAGCAGAGGAAUAGGCUUGAUGAAGAACGGUCAAGAUGCUACCCUACCAUGGAGCAGAAGGCAAGUCAGAGCAGCAGGAAAGAAGCUGAAGCCUCCCGCGCCAUGACUAGUACUGGCAGAUUUGGAGUGCCACUUUUCAUGGCUCUACUUGUGGCUCCCUUCGGUUCCAGUUCAAAUUCAGUGCUUCCAGGGUUCUCCCGAAUUCUCCUUUCAAUCCCGGAAGUUUGAGAAGCCCAAAGGCGAAAAGGUGGAAAAAGGACCCGGAAGUAGGAGCAACCUCCAAGCACGUGAUGGAAGACCCACGGGUACUGUCACGUGAUCCCCAACCUGCUAGUCUACCUUGCGAAGAGCUCUGCUGCUCUUAAAGUAGUGUACAGCAGACCGCGGAACCUGUGACUGACCACGGGGCGUUGAUCCCACCUGUCCCAGACUUUCAUCUGUUUUCUUGACGCUAACUCCUAACACACGCUGACUUUAGGUCCUUUGGGGGACCCGAACUCAAUGUCAUGGGAAGCUCUGAGAGCUCGUGGAGGCGCCUUGAGGAUUCUGAGAGGGAGGAGACCGACUCAGAGCCCCAAACCCCUCCGUUGGAUAAUCUAAGUGUCCUUUGGAAGAAUGCGGUGGGCUUCUGGAUCUUGGGGCUUUGCAACAACUUCUCAUAUGUGGUGAUGCUGAGCGCUGCCCAUGACAUCCUUAAGCAGGAGCAGGCAUCUGGAAACCAGAGCCAUGUGGAACCAGGCCCAACACCCAUGCCCCAUAACAGCUCAUCUCGAUUUGAUUGCAAUUCAAUCUCCACAGCUGCGGUGCUCCUAGCAGACAUCCUUCCCACCCUUGUCAUCAAACUCCUGGCUCCUCUUGGCCUUCAUUUGCUGCCUUACAGCCCCCGGGUGCUUGUCAGUGGAGUCUGUUCUGCUGGAAGCUUUGUUCUGGUUGCCUUUUCUCAAUCAGUGGGGUUAAGCCUGUGUGGAGUGGUUUUGGCCAGCAUCUCAUCAGGUCUAGGGGAGGUCACCUUCCUUUCACUGACUGCCUUCUACCCCAGUGCUGUGAUCUCAUGGUGGUCUUCAGGAACUGGGGGUGCAGGGCUUCUUGGAUCGCUGUCAUACCUGGGGCUCACCCAGGCUGGCCUCUCCCCGCAGCACACCCUACUUUCUAUGCUGGGGAUCCCUGUUCUGAUGCUAGCCAGCUAUUUCUUGCUGCUCACAUCUCCUGAACCCCUGGACCCUGGAGGGCAAGACGAGGCAGAGACUGCUGCCCGGCAGCCUCUCAUAGGCACCGAGACCCCAGAGUCUAGGCCAGGUACCAGCUGGGACCUCUCUCUCCAGGAAAGGUGGACAGUGUUCAAGGGCCUCUUGCGAUACAUCAUCCCUCUGGUGCUGGUCUACUUUGCAGAAUACUUUAUCAACCAGGGGCUUUUUGAGCUCCUGUUUUUCCGGAACACAUCCUUAAGUCAUGCUCAGCAGUACCGAUGGUACCAGAUGCUAUACCAGGCUGGUGUGUUCGCUUCCCGCUCUUCUCUCCAGUGUUGCCGAAUCCGGUUCACCUGGAUCCUAGCCCUGCUCCAGUGCCUCAACCUGGCCUUCCUGCUGGCAGAUGUAUGCUUGACCUUCCUGCCCAGCAUCUACCUCAUCUUCAUCGUCAUUCUGUAUGAAGGGCUUCUGGGCGGGGCCGCUUACGUGAAUACCUUCCACAACAUUGCCCUGGAGACCAGUGACAAGCACCGAGAGUUUGCCAUGGAAGCUGCCUGCAUUUCUGACACCUUGGGAAUCUCCCUGUCAGGGGUCCUGGCCUUGCCUCUGCAUGACUUCCUCUGCCACCUCCCCUGAUAUGAGUUGCUCAGCACACACUGGCCUAAAGGCACAGUGAGCUCUGCCACAGGCCUUCCCUGAGACUCAGGAGUGGGAAGAUCUACAGUCCUGCCCUACCUCAGCAGGGAGCCCCCAUUGUUUCCCACUCCCGAGCUGGCCUCAGAGAGUUUUUUUUCCCCCACCCCCUGCCCUUCUAAUAAAUGCUUAUUUUACCAGUUUA